AUGUGGUUCGCGGUCAUUCACGGCUUUGUCAUUAUUGUGGCUAUCUUCUUCCUGCUUCCGGAGACGUUGACUCGUAAGGGUGAGCCUGCCAUAACACAAGAGCUCAUGCGCAUGUCCACUCGGGACUCUACCAAGGUCAAGAGUAAGGAGUUUACGACGGCGCUCAAGCACUACCUGAUCGAGCCUCUGAGUGUUCUCCUCCUCCUGCGCUUCCCGCCUGUCUUUCUUACAGUAUUGGUCGCCGCUAUCGCAUUUAGUUCUGUAUACGUCCUUAAUAUCGUCAUUGAAUCUGGCUUUGCUCAACCCCGUACAACUUCAAGCAAACUACAAUAG